ACCGAGGUGGUACAGUCCAGAGAGCGGGAGGCUGCAAACAGCUAGCUCCACAGAUCAGCUGGGACACGCAGACCAGGAAGAAGAGGAAGAUGAGUGAGGAGAAUGCAAAGGAGGUGAAGCAGCUGGAGGCUGAGGUGAAGCUGCUGCAGGCAGAGAUCAGAGCUCUGCAGCAGCAGCGACAGGACAGCUGGGAAAACGUCUCCUUCCAGUUCAGGGGACAGAUGCAGGACGCUCUAGCGUUUGUCUGUGGACGGACGCAGGACCUGGAGGAGACGGUGGUGUCCAGGCUGAAGGAGGAGGUGGAGGAGCUGGAGAAGGACUUGAAGCUCCAGACUCAGAUGAAUGGCAUCAGCCUGAACAGCUGCAUCACAAAGACCCUGCCGAGCCGCGGUCCGGAGGUGGUCCAACAGGUCUGUCUGUCAGGUCGCAGCUCUGAGCUGGUCUUCCAGGUAGAGUUCCAGCUUUCUGAGCUCAAGGAUGGAUCGAGAACAGAGCGGAGAAUCAGAGAUCUGAACCUGGUGCUGGACUCCAGCGACCUGCAGAGCCUCAGCAGCUUCCUGUCCAGGGUGGAGGAGACCCGGGACCUCCUGUUGUUCUUCAGAACCAUCAGGAGUUUCUCAGAGAAAUGCGACGAUCGGACCAGAACCUUCCAGCACUUCCAGGAGAAGUUUCCCUCCAUCGUGUCUCUUCCCAAAGGCUGCGGCUCAGAGGUCAUGACCUUGAAUCAUCCUGAGCUUCCAGGCUGCGGCUUCUUCAUUCACUGGUGCCUGGAUGUUUCCACAGGGGGCGCCGUCACUCCCAAGAUCCAGCUGCUGUCAAAGAUCCCAGAGAAAGCUCUGCAGAUGUUCCCCGGUCAGCCAGCAGGAGGCGGCGCUGCAGAGGCCUUUCAGAGCCUGCUGAGGAUUCUGGGACCUGAAGCCGCCAUGGAGUCCAUCAUCAGAGCCGUUAGCCUCUCAGAGAGAGACGAACUCAGCGAUUAGCAGCUCCAGAGGUUCUGCUGGACCUCCGCUGGUCCUGAAUCAGAACUUUAUUUCACUGGAUGAGACAAACGCACAGAAAGCAGACAAACCAGCAGAACUCCAACUCUGCAAAAAUAAAAUAAAGAAUUGUGGUAGAAAACACAAGACAGCUGUUUGGGUCCUCAAAAAGUUUCUUUUGCUUUGAUUUCCACACCGAGGUUUGGUGUGGGGUCAUAGGUCACAGAGCUGAUGACCUAUGACCCCAGCGAAUGGUGAGGAUCAUGGGAAAUGACCACGGUUUCAAUCCUAAUUUUCAGGAUCUGAAUUAAAAUUUAGAUCCUGAUUCAAAAUUAGUUAAAAAAGUUCUAAGGAACCAGCAGAUUUAUAAUUUGCAGCUCGUUUUCUCUCUGCAAGGACCUGAAAUUUGCCAACUUCUUCCAAAUGUUGAGGACUGUUUGCGCCAGCGUUAUACUAGAUCAAGAUUUUUCAUUUUAGCUAUUUUAUUGUGACUUUUUGUUUGUAUAUAGUUAGUUUUAAUUUGUUCAGAGUGUUUGCUAGUUUUUACUAGUUAUUAGAUAUAGCCUAGUUUCAGAUUACUUUCUAUUAGUUAUAGUAGUAGUUUUAGUUUUUUCUUACUGAUUCUGAAUAAGUCUGAGGCGGACUCCCAUUCUGGGAUGGAUUAUAGGAGACCAACUGUGGAAUGGUGAUGCGUUCAAUGCCUCCAGAGCAAGCGAAUAAUAAAAAGAUUUGAUUUUAUUGUGUGUUAAAUCCUCCACUUAUCUAGUUAUAUUAGGUUUAAUGGAUUUAGAAAAAGUCUCUCUGCUCGGUACUCUGUUAGCAUUAGGAUUGUUAGUAUAGCAACACUUAGCUGACUGUCACCUAGCAACAACGGUGAGCAGUUUAAAAAAGUAAGCUGCCUGAACCAAAACUCAGAGCUGCUCAGUGAGAGUUGAAUGAACAGAUGGAUUUAUGAGAGAGAGACGUGGAGACAGCAGAGGAGAAGCCAUUGAAGCUUUCAGAUAUAACCACAGCAGGUUACAAAGUGGAGGAAUAAUAACACGUUAUUGAGACAUUUAAAAUGUUGUUUUUUUAUGUAAAUCACUAUAAAAACAUUAAUUUGUUAUGUAAAGGCAGUUAGAAUAAAUUAAUUGUUAGGACAGUGGCUGUAAAUGAUAGACAUGCACCUGCACGUUACUAUGCAUUGAGUCGUGUCCACAAAACUAUUGUUAUUUGAACUUUCAGAAAUUACAACAGCAGUGGUGCCGCUCAGGGUGGCAGAACGUUUUAAUACCUCUGCACUUUCAUUUUUUCUUUUUUUCCAAACUUUAUUCCUGCCUUUUUGGAGAAAAAUUGCGUUUUUGGGCAAAUGUUCCUUUUUUUUUUUGGAUACUGUGAAGUAUCCAAAAAAGGUUUCUUGCAGUAUUUUUCACAUUUCUUCUAUUUUGUUAUGAUGCAUAACCACAGCAGCAGUGUGGCUUACAACAGGGAGCAGGUGAUUACGAUUUUAAAAGCAGAAAUAACAAAACAGAUGAAGCCAGAAAUCCCAGAGGAGUUGAAAAGGAGGUGGAUGCAGGACAGGAGCAAAGAGGAGAGAGAAGGCGGAAAUUCAAACCAUCUCUGCCGUCCCAUCAUAAUGGGCAACAUGACAUCAUUGCACAUUAAGUAAGCAGUUUAGUUCUAAAUUUUAAUUCAAGUUUAAACAUAAAUUUUAAAAAAUCCACAAGGGAGAAUGAUAUUUAAGAGUAUUAAAAAUACGCUUGAUAAAAGGGAAGAGACUUCAACCUGAAUAAAAUCAGCAAAACUACAGAGUUUGUUUCCUGUAAUGUUUCUGGAAUAACAUUGUUUUCCACCAAUUAUAUUCCUUCACUAUAUUUCAUCUAUUUUCAAGAUGUUCUUUGGCCUCAGGCUUGUUCUUCUGCUGUCUUUGUUGGGACGGUGAUGUCAUUGGUCACAUUGUCCUGUGUUUUAUUUUGGACAGACGAGCUUUUCUGAUUCACAACACAAAAAAUAUUGAAAGUGAAUAGUUUUGAGAUUCCCUAUUGUGUUCAGUGGGUCAUUGAAGUAACUCACCGUAAUUUCAGAUUUUUAUUUGGUAAUACCAUUAGCACCAGUAUGUUCCCAACAUUCAGGUGAUCAGUGAGAACCGAUCAUGUUUUUCUUUGCUGAGGAAAACAGGCAGGAGCUCUAACACCACCUAGUGUAUAUCUGCACAUUCCUAAACUACAUAUACAUUGAGGUGAAAUAUUUUUGCAAAUAACCAGCAAAUUUUGCAUCAACAAACUGUUUUCUGUAAAACCAGAAACACAGCAGGUCACUUACAAUAUGUCGGUUCUUUAUUCUUGAGCAGAAACCAGCAGCUUUCAAUAGAUGGCAGCUUCCAUCCCAUCUAAAUUACAGACAGUUCUGGGUUUCAGGAUCAGAAACAUGUAAACUCAGGUUUUCGACAAAAAGCUUCAGCUGGGUUUGAAAUAAAAAUAAUUUUAAAAAUUAUUAUGCGCUCCAACUGCUGCCUUUAUUCUGCAUCCGUCACCAACAGCUGAAAUAAAACUGACUAUCCAUCGAUCUAACGUACAAGUUUAUCCUGAUAGACUGAAACCAUGAAGAUUAACAAGACAAACACAUAACUCGUAUAUAUUUAUAUAUUUAUUUGAGUUUAUUGGACUCUAAAUGUCAGAUAUUGUGGUUUAUUCUCAGACAAACGUCAUGACUCAGUUUUACAUCUGAAAACUCCACAGCAGAAACUCGGCUAAAAUCUCCUGGAAGAAGAACAGCCUCUUUACAUGUUCAUGGAUCUGCAGGAGCUCUGCGUGUCCCACUGCGUGUUUUCAUGUUCACUGAGGCUUUUAUUUCCUCCACAGCAUGAAAGAGAUCAGAACAAACACAUGUUCACGUAGAAAACAUUGUUUAGAUCAAUAUGAAGUUUAUGAAACUGGUUCUAGCUUCUGCAGUUAAAGUUGUGGAUAAAAACUGUUUAUUAAGGUUAAUGAGGUUUGGAUUUGUCGUUUCAAAAAAUGUUCAUGAGAAAAGCAAAGACUACUUAGCUUAUUAUGAAAUGUUUAAUAAAAUCCAACAGUUUAUAAGUUAGAAAGUCCAAUAGUUUGGUCCUGAUUCCGAUGGAAAGGGAGGAAAUCCUGCGUUUAUUUUCAGAACGGGAACAAAAACAGUUUCUAAAG